UAGCGCGUUGAUCCUCGAGGCCCCCACUACUGCGCGCGCGCAGGUUUCUGCGCCUGUCAUGUUAUAUUGCUCUGUCGCGAUCGCGCGUCUUCGAUUGAUCACACGCCAUAAUUUUCCGAUUCGAUCUAUCAACUUUUCUGAAUGAAAAGUCAGUGUUUAGUGCGAAAAUGUAUCAGAAAGUGUUUUAGUGCUGUGUUUUAGAUAAUUAUUCAUAAAAUAUUUUAUUGUUUGAAUAACGAUUUACAAAGCCGUGCGAAGUUUCAGUGGCUGAAUGUUUUGUAAACAAGCGUGAAUUUUCUCAUUCAUUCAGAAUUUCACGAGUUGGCUUUUUUAUAAAUACAAGAUAGCCAGUAAUGCGCUGACAUGCCAAGCACAGCUGUUUAUACGGACACCAAGUCCGUCUUACCCGAAAGUCCGACCACGUAUGAAGAUGCUCUGGCAACGGCUGAGCCGGGAGAAACAAUAGCCACAACCAAAGAAGAGGAAUGGGUGACUCGUAAAACGAGCGAGGUGACGACCACGCGACAAAUAGCGACGCGGGUGAAGCGUGAGUUGGUGCUAGAGGACGGACGCAUCCUCAUCGACUCCGGGCCAAAGAUUUCUACCUCUGUCAACGAAGACACGCAUACUACUAACUUCCAACAAACUGAGCAUAGAGUACCAGAAGAUCAGAAAGGCGAUGAAAAUGAACUCACUGAAGGAGAUGAAACUACCAGACCUGUUGAAGCGUUGGAGGACGCACCUGACGGAACAAUUGCUCCAGCCGGUGCAAAAGUUCUCGUGACAUCUUGUGUCGUCGCAAAUCCUGAUGGCAAGGUGCGCGAGAGCAAGGAUCGGCGCGUGCUAACCAGAAACGUCACAGAGCGCGUACGCGAAACCGAAGAAAGAAUACAUCGAGGGGACACUACGCAUGAUGCACUUAUAACAGCGGUUAACGAGACGAGCGAAGAAGACAUACGCGAUGCUCUGAAGACGCAGACGGAGAACCAGUUGGCUUUGGUGCCAAGGGGACCGACUCUCGUAAAGGACACCGUUGCCUUCAAUACGACCAUCACUACCGAUGAUACGGAGGAGUUACGAGCGUUACGUCCAGAUGGAACGAUUGUGACGGAGACGAAGCAUACGAAAGAACAAGAAAGACUCUGCGACGAGGAACUUGGGAAAGACGAGGCAAAAUCAUUAGCAAGCAACGAGAGCCUUGUGGAAGAAACUGGUGGCACGGAGCGACGUAAGCGCGUUGAUUUAGAGCAGUCCACAGACCACAUGGCGGGUGGGCUGCGUGUGGCGACACAAGUGCACUCGCGGACGCGCACCGAAGAAGUUGAGAAGGAAGGGCAACCAAAUAUGGAUGACGAUUGGGAAAGUUUAUCUGUAAGAAUGCGUCGUCAACGCCGUCUGCGCCAUAGUGAACAGGAAAAAGAAUAUGCGAAACGACCCCUAAAUAUUGACAUAGAGGAAGAGACUCGGAAGAAAGAAACAUCUAAGUGGCUUGAGAGUCAUUUCGGCAGUGAAUCCCGUUCCUCCCAUGACUCAAUUGCCGAAGAAAUAGAAGAGCCACCUGUACCCGGUUACUAUGUGAAAACGAAACCGGACGACGAAGGAUACUACGGUAAAACAUCAUCAUCCGUUCCACCGGCACCUGUGUAUGGAGAUCGAGUACUUCGCAAAACAAAGUCGUCAACACCAUCUGAUGAACGACCAGUCGUAACAGUAAAUAGAACAGGAGGAUAUUUCAAAGGUGUAGCAGAUUGGUCUCAGCGGCGUGCCAGUAAGCCGAGAAUGCCAGAGCCACGUAGUUCAUCUCCAUCGCCGCCGGUCGUGCGGUCUCCAUAUGCUAGUAAUGAUCGCUUGAAUGAUUCCUCACCGAGACAUGUAUAUAGUAAGCGUGAUUCGCCACAAGGGAGAACGUCGCCUCUCAUCAGGCGUCAUCCACCUUCACGCGAUGACUCUGCUUACGUUUCGUCGUCGACAAUGCACAGUCCGCCUCGUGGAUCACCUUUUAGACCAUUAGAGACAGACCGCUCGUUCCGUGAGCCCUCAAUUGAAGACGAUUAUCGGCCACCAGUUGCACCAGAGCGAAAACGUCAAACAAAACACAGAAUUUCAGAAGAUCACCGAUAUGACAGUGGUUACAGGAGUUCGUCUCGUAACGAUAAUUCGGGUCGAUCAAGGGAUAGUCGCGAAGAAGCAGCCGCAGAGCCUCCUCCUGAUUAUUCACCCCCACGAGACCGUAGAGGUAGCUCUGAUAGAGACAGGACACCACCGCGCCGACGUGACCGGGACGAGCGUAAACAAAAUCAAAAGACUCGUUUCGCAGAUAAUGGACGACGUCCUUCACCAGCACGGAAAUCGGUCGGCUCGGCUAUCGGUAACUCGAUUAGGAAACUCGUCGGGAAGAUUCGCUCAGCGUCCGCAGAGCGACGGUCCCGGUGGCGCAAUUCACGCACGCCGUCGCCUGAACAUUCCUCGCGCACGUAUAAACAGUACGGCGGCGAACUGGCGCCUCCUAACGGCCCCCCACACCGGUACUACCUCGGAGAGGACCCUUUCGCGCCCAGCAUCUACGGCCGCGAACACAAGUACGAGGGCAGUCCGAGACGAGCCGCAGCUGUUGACAGCCGUGACCACCGUGAAAGGGGCCAGUACUCGAGCACUCUUGGCCGCUUCAGUCACUCCACGAGCAGGUUGAACCCUAACGGUGUAGCUGAGGAAGAUUACACACGGAGCGCCCAAACAUUACCGAGGAAAUUACACGACCGUAAAGAGAAAACCACCGAGAAGCCAAGUUCCAGUAAGUACUGGCAACGGCUCACGUCCAACAAACGGUCUACUAGUGCCAUUAAUAUACCGAAUAACGUUUCGUCGUCACCCGAAGGGAAAGUAAACGGAUAUACGACUGGUCCACCAAAACCGGCGCGGACCUACAAAGGUCUAAACAGAAGUAAGAGUUUUGCUAUGGGAGCUCCCGAACAAGAGACCCAUCCACGUUACGUCACAGGAAUGAGCCGAAACUAUUCUACGAUGUAUAAAUCAAAUCCCCACUUGAGCCGACUUGAUGAAACACCGGAGCAGCUGAAGAGCCCAGGAAUCGUGUCGAUAAUCAAUCGCAGCCAGCGUGAUCUAGCCGAUGCGGUUUCUCGCGAAACCGAGCGUAGACGUGACGGAUUAUUUGGCGCACGAUACGGCAAGACGACACCGAUAAGUAAUGGCCACACGAACGGCUAUAAUAAAUCGUACGAUGAAACAGAUAAAAAAAAGAUAUUUCUCAAAGGACUUCGCGAAAGAGCUCCUGAAUUGUAUCAAACUUUACACGCAGACGACGAAUCCGACGGUAGUAGAUUAUCAUCAAGAUACGGCACCCCAUCGCCUCAUUACAAGGAACGUAUAUCGGAGGAACGAAAAAUACCAUUGUAUAAAACUGAAUCAUUGAACAGGGAGACGAGUCCUUUCGUAUCACGCUUAGAGACCAGAAUAAAGUCGCCAGUAAAUCGGCGGGAAAGUAACAGUAGUGACAAUUUCUCAGAAACUUAUCGAUACACUACGCGUUCGGGUGAUCCGGAACGGCCCAGCGUCACCGACACCGUCGAAACCGUUAGUAAAAAGAUUAUACCGUCCAGGGACGGCCGUUCGAAGGAGAUUAUCGAGUCUAGGGAAGUGAACUCGGUGACAAAGAGUAGGGGCUACAAGGAACCUCCCGCGGUCAAGUACUAUGAGAACGGGGUACGCAACACGCACGGCUUCGAGUCAAGGAACGGAGCUGCGCCUCUUUACACUGAGCGGAGAAGAAGUAAUUAUAAGGUGACUGAAAAAGUUAGAGAUUAUUAAUUAACGUGAACGAUAUAAAUUUAAUAUUGCCAUAUUCUUCAUAUAACAUAUUUGUGUCACAUAGACUGAAAUGUUAAAUCGCAUCACACUAGGUUAAGUUUGUCAUUAACUGCAUUCGUUAACAUUUUAUUGUUAAUUUAAUGUUAGUUGCUUCAUGUAAAAAGUCAUAGAGCUUUACUAAUUUUAUUUUAUCUGAAAUAAGUGAUCUAAUUCCGUCCAGAGGAUAAUAAAACGAUUAUUUUAUACAUUUAUACCUUGUUAAAGGUUUUAAUGAUUUGUGAGUUAAAUCAUA